AUCAUUAAGACAAGCUGUCGUUUGCUUAAUUACACUAUAAACUCAGGCUGCACAAUUAGUCAGAAUAUGAUCGAAAUUUGCAGCAUGGCUAUAGUGCAAUAUAGAAGCUGCAGUUUUCUGGUAAAGAUCAAAGUGUGUGUGAGCUGAUGUGGAUGUGAGUUCAGCAGCAUGAGUCAGUGUGAGGACAGAGAGGAGGAAGUCCUUCCCUCUAAAAGGACUCGGUGGGGGGAACAUGACAGAAGGACCAAAGCUCAGAGCCCAGAGCAGCAGAACACAGCAGACUCUGUUGGACCUGGACCUGAACCCAGCUGUGUGUCCCUCAAGAGUGACUCGUCCAAUAAUUUCCUCAUUGAUUUUAAAGAACAACAACCGCCUGAUGCAAAGAGGAGGAAGCUGGAACAAUCAAAACACAGCGAUGUGUCCAUGAAGAGUGACAGGACUGUGAAUAGUCCCACAUCCUCCAAAGAUGGACAUCACUCUUUUCAUCAAAGAGUGGACCAGGAGAGCUCAGAGGUUCCCAGUGGUCAGUCUGCCCAGCAGCAUCAAACACACCUGGAUUCCAUAUUUAUGCUGCUGGAGGACAACAUUGUCACUUUUGUGAAGAACGAGCUGAAGAAGAUUAAAACGGGUCUAAAUUCAGGUUACCCAGAAUGCUUAGAUAGUCAAAGGGAGGAUGAGGAGGUGUUGGACAGUGAGGAUGAAGUGCAGAGGAGGAGCAGUAGAGAGGCUUUUCUGAAGAUCACAGUGCACUUCCUGAGGAGAAUGAAGCAGGAGGAGCUGGCUGACCGUCUGCAGAUCGGAAGUGAUUCUGAUUGUCAGUGUAAACUUAAAUCUAACCUGAAGAAGAAGUUCCAGUGUGUGUUUGAGGGGAUUGCUAAAGGAGGAAAGCCAACCCUUCUGAACGACAUCUACACACAGCUCUAUAUCACAGAGGGAGGGACUGCAGAGGUCAAUGAUGAACAUGAGGUGAAACAGAUUGAAACAGCAUCAAGGAAACCAAACAGACCAGAAACAAGAAUCAGACAAGAAGACAUCUUUAAACCUUCACCUGGAAGAGAUGAACCAAUCAGAACAGUGAUGACAAAGGGAGUGGCUGGCAUUGGAAAAACAGUCUUAACACAGAAGUUCAUUUUGGACUGGGCUGAAGGCAAAGCCAACCAGGACAUACAGUUCAUGUUUCCAUUCACUUUCAGAGAGCUGAAUGUGCUGAAAGAGAAAAAGUUCAGCUUGGUGGAACUUGUUCAUUUCUUCUUUAGUGAAACCAAAGAAGCAGGAAUCUGCAGGUUUGAAGAGUUCCAGGUUGUGUUCAUCUUUGACGGUCUGGAUGAGUGUCGACUUCCUCUGGACUUCCACAACACAAAGAUCCUGACUGAUGUUACAGAGUCCACCUCAGUGGAUGUGCUGCUGACAAACCUCAUCAGGGGGAAACUGCUUCCCUCUGCUCGCCUCUGGAUAACCUCACGACCUGCAGCAGCCAAUCAGAUCCCUCCUGAAUGUGUUGACAUGGUGAUAGAGGUCAGUGGGUUCACUAAUCAACAGAAGAAGGAGUACUUCAGGAAGAGGUUCAAAGAUGAGGAGCAGGCCAGCAGAAUCAUCUCCCACAUCAAGACAUCACGAACCCUCCGCAUCAUGUGCCACAUCCCAGUCUUCUGCUGGAUCACUGCUACAGUUCUGGAGGAUGUGUUGAACACCAGAGAAGGAGGAGAGCUGCCCAAGACCCUGACUGAAAUGUACAUCCACUUCCUGGUGGUUCAGUCCAAAGUGAAGAACAUCAAGUAUGAUGGAGGAGCUGAGACAGAUCCACACUGGAGUCCGGAGACAAGGAAGAUGAUUGAGUCUCUGGGAAAACUGGCUUUUGAGCAGCUGCAGAAAGGCAACCUGAUCUUCUAUGAAUCAGACCUGAUAGAGUGUGGCAUCAAUAUCAGAGCAGCUUCAGUGUACUCAGGAGUGUUCACACAGAUCUUUAAAGAGGAGAGAGGACUGUACCAGGACAAGGUCUUCUGCUUCGUCCAUCUGAGUGUUCAGGAGUUUCUGGCUGCUCUUCAUGUCCAUCUGACAUUCACCAACUCUGGAGUCAAUCUGCUGUCAGAAGAACAAUCAACCUCCCAGAAGUCUGAAACAAGAAAAGAUGAAUCUGCAGAGACACAGUUCUACCAGAGUGCUGUGGACAAGGCCUUACAGAGUCCAAAUGAGCACCUGGACUUGUUCCUCCGUUUCCUCCUGGGACUUUCACUGCAGACCAAUCAAGCUCUCCUACGAGGCCUGCUGCCACCGACAGGAAGUAGCUCAGAAACUAAUCAGGAUAUAGUCCAGUACAUCAAGAAACAAAUUGAGGACAACCCGUGUCCAGAAAGAAGCAUCAAUCUGUUUCACUGUCUGAAUGAACUAAAAGAUCCUUCUCUUGUCGAGGAGAUCCAACAGUCCGUGAGAUCAGGAAGACUUUCUACAGAUAAACUGUCUCCUGCUCAGUGGUCAGCUCUGGUCUUCAUCUUACUGUCAUCAGAAAAAGAUCUGGACGUGUUUGACCUGAAGAUAUACUCUGCUUCAGAGGAGGCUCUUCUGAGGCUGCUGCAAGUGGUCAAAGCCUCCAAGAAGUCUCUACUGAGUGGCUGUAACCUCUCAGAGAGAAGCUGUGAAGCUCUGUCCUCAGUUCUCAGCUCCCAGUCCUCUAGUCUGAGAGAGCUGGACCUGAGUAACAACAACCUGCAGGAUUCAGGAGUGAAGCUUCUGUGUGCUGGACUGGAGAGUCCACAUUGUACACUGGAAACUCUCAGGCUGUCAGGCUGUCUGAUCACAGAGGAAGGCUGUGCUUCUCUGGCCUCAGCUCUGAGCUCCAACCCCUCCCAUCUGAGAGAGCUGGACCUGAGCUACAAUCAUCCAGGAGACUCAGGAGUGAAGCUGCUCUCUGCUGCAGUGGAGGAUCCACAGUGGAGACUGGACACUCUCAGGGUGGAGCCUGCUGGAGUUCGAUGGUUGAGACCAGGUCUGAGGAAGUAUUCCUGUGAACUCACAGUCGACACAAACACAGUGAACAGAAACAUCAAACUGUCUGACGACAACAGGAAGAUGAUUCAUGUGAAGGAGGAUCAGUCAUAUCCUGAUCAUCCAGACAGAUUUGAGAAAUGUCCUCAGCUGCUGUGUACAAAUGGUCUGACUGGUCGCUGUUACUGGGAGGUCGAGUGGAGAGGGGACAUUCAUAUUUCAGUGAGUUACAGAAGAAUAAGCAGAAGAGGAGACAGUGAAGACUGCAGGUUUGGGGAGAAUCGUCAUUCCUGGAGGCUGAGUUGCUUUGAAGAUGGUUGUUUCUCUGUCUGGCACAAUCAGAGUGGAACAUCCAUCUCCUCCUCCUCUUCCUCUUCCUCCCCCCCCUCCUCCUCCUCCUCCUCUUCCUCUAACAGAGUAGCAGUGUAUGUGGACUAUCCUGCUGGCACUCUGUCUUUCUACAGCAGAGUCUCCUCUGACACACUGAUCCAUCUCCACACCUUCAACACCACAUUCACUCAACCUCUUUAUCCUGGGUUUGGGUUCUGGUUUAAAUCUGGUUCAUAUGCUUCCUCAGUGUCUCUGUGUUCUCUGUAGAAAGUUGAGUCUACAGUCAAUGUGGGACUGUCUUUUAGAUGUUGAUGAAAGCUUGGUGAAAUAAAAGUCUGCAGUAUUGUACAUAUUCUACUAUAGUAAUCAUUAGUAAUGAAGUACAAUUGUAUGCAAAGAUUUAGGCACCCGACACUGUCAGUACUUAGUAAAACCCCUGGCAGAUAUCACAGCUUGCAAACACUUUUUGCAGAAUGCUAAAAUUCAUGUUUUGAUGCAAAUCUUUAUUAAGAAAGUUUAUAUUGGUGAUACAUUUUUAUGUAUUUUUAAUUUGCUCUUGUUUUCUAAAUAAUUUUGAAUAUAUUUUCUUAAAAUGUACAGUAUAUAAUGUACUGUGAAUUGUAAAUAAAGAUGAUGAACUAUAAA